AUGCCGGCUCCUGGCGAGGAGGUUAACCAUUUAUCGGCUCUUGAUCAGUUUGUGGCGCCCGGGCUGCGGUUAUGGAUGCUCAUCGCGCUCGUCGGAGGCGUUCUUCUGAUUAUGAGUGAGUCUUUUAAAAUGAAGAUUUUCCCUAUUAAAACGCGUGUCUUUUCCAGUUGUCAUCGUGUGUUGCUUCAUGCGAAUCAGAAUUCCACGCACCAAACGUCAAAUUGAUUUAAUCGCGGCUAAGCGGAAAUUGAGGAAAACCAACAAGAACUCGACGGAUUCAAACGCGCACAACGAAGAGAGAGCUCAGGCGAUUGUGAUGAAUUCUAUGCCUUCCGGAGGCACCGGGACCACCUCCAGACACACGGGAUCGCGUCUCCAGUCACAAGUUUAA